CCCGAAAGACAUUCAGCAAAGCCGUGGUGCUCGGAGAGAGAGAGAGAGAGAGAGACAGACAGACAGAGACAGACAGUGAGUGAGUGACUGGUGUUGGAUUCGGAAAAACCAUGUCAUCGUUCGGUUCCGGGUCGACCCGUCCGUUCGACGACGACGGUUACAUCGGAUACGAUCCUCGCCUACCAUCUCAGCGAUUCGACUCGUUCUCCAACUUCGAUGCCGACUCAGUUAAGGACUCGACCGCCGGCGAAUCGUCACCAGUCUUCGGCAGCCAAUCUUACGGCGCCGGAGACGACGUUUUCUCCUCUCAGCAGAUUCCGGAUACUCCGUCUCCGCCGUCGAUCUACUCAGGCGGCGCGGGGUUCUCGUCGUUCUCACCGGAACAGGACGGCAAGAGUAUCGAUGAAGGUUUCGGGGGAUCCAACGGUCCAAUCUUACCGCCACCAGCUGAUGUGGAGCCAGAGGAAGGCUUUGCUCUGAGGGAGUGGCGGAGAGAAAACGCGAUUCGAUUGGCAGAGAAGGAGAAGAAAGAGAAAGAGAUGUUGCAGGAGAUAAUUGAGGAAGCAGAGCAGUUCAAAAUUGAGUUCUACAGGAAACGACAGGUUACUGUUGAAAACAACAAAGCCUCUAAUAGAGAAAAGGAAAAGCUUUUUUUGGCAAAUCGGGAGAAGUUCCAUGCAGAAUCUGAGAAGCAUUACUGGACGGCAAUAGCAGAACUCAUCCCCCGUGAGGUUCCAACGAUAGAGAAAAGGGGAAAGAAAGACAAAGACAAAGAGAAGAAGCCUUCUGUAGUUGUGAUACAAGGACCUAAACCAGGGAAGCCAACUGACCUCUCAAGGAUGCGCCAGAUACUAGUGAAGCUCAAGCACAAUCCCCCACCCCACAUGAAGCCUAAACCACCUCCAUCACCAGAACCUAAGAAAGAUGCUAAACCUGGUCCUUCUGCAACUACUUCAGCUGGCACUGAGGCUGUUCCUCCCAAAGCUGCUAACCCAACAAAAUCUGAGGCUGAGGUUGCUGCUUGAGAGUAUGAUCACCAUUUGCUUGAUAUGCUUAUAAAUGUGAAAGGUUGUUAGCUUGUGUUUCAGAGAGGUUAAGCUUGUUAAUCCUAGUUAUGAUCUUUGGAAAUUGGUGUUUCUGAGCAUGUUAGUUAAUAGAGUAUCUUGCAGUCCUUUAUCAAUGUAGAAAGUUUUAUAUUCACUGUAUUUAUUUUGGUGUUUUAACGUUUUUGAUGCCUUUAGUGUUUUUGCUCCAAAUGUAAUGUCCUGAAUGCCCCACUCAAGCCAAGCUUAUGUCUCCAUCUCUUGGGCCAAGCACUAUAAGAAGAAAAGAGCCUAUAUAUAUGUAUAUAUAUUUUUAUAUA